AUGGCAAUCGAAGAGAAUGAAGUCUAUCGGCUGGCCUGCCCAGAGGCCAGAAACUGCCCCGACAUGUACAUCUCUUACGGACUACCAUUCACGCAGUCCUGUGCCAAACACGCAGAGCAGACCUUCCAAGCCAAACGUGUCUACAUCAUCGCCUCUACAAGUCUAUCCAAGCAAACUUCUCUAGUCUCAGACCUGGAGCGAGCCCUCGGAGAUCGACGCGCAAAGACUUGGAUUGGGAUUCGCCCUCAUACACCUUGGGAUGACUUAGUGCCCAUCAUCAAUGAUAUCCGCAAAGUAGAGCCUGACCUGUUGGUCACCCUUGGCGGAGGGUCUCUCUCAGAUGGCGCAAAGGUGAUUGUCUACGCCGUGGUGAACGGAGUCCAGACAGUCGACGACUUGGACCGUUUGUACCAGGCCAAGGCUGCAGAUGGGACUCCCAUGCGAGACAGAACCGGUGUCGGCAACGAGCCCACUUUGCCAAUCGUGUUUAUCCCGACUACACUCUCCGCUGGCGAGUUUUCCUGUUAUGGAGGAUCAACCAACCCAGCCACCCUCCACAAGCGGAUCAUGAAACAUCCCAAGAUGUUCGCUCGACUCGUCAUUCUGGAUCCUGUUUUGACACUCACAACGCCGCAGUGGGUUUGGAUCUCUACCGGGGUUCGGGCUAUUGACCACUGCGUGGAGUCGCUAUGCUCGAAUGAUCCGCUUUCGAAAGAAUUACUCCAAAUCGCAGAAAGAUCCCUCGCUACGCUGGCGAAGAACCUUCUGCUCACGGUGAAAGACCCAUCUCAGCUCCAGCCGAGACUGGACUGUGCCAUUGCCGCAGGCGACAUUGCAGGUAAUAUGCUCCUGGAGCCGCAGGUCUCCGUCGGCGCGAGUCAUGGAAUUGGACAUCAGCUUGGACCUCUUGGUGUGGGCCAUGGUCAGACCAGUUGUGUGAUGUUGCCGGCUGUUCUUCGCUUUAAUCGACUGCACUCCCACCCAGAUAGUAACCAGGCUGAGAAGCAGGACAGAGUCAAGCGAGCUAUCUGGGAUAGUGACCCUACAUUAGCACAGAUUUUGACCGGUGAAGGUGGAUUGGAUAGAGACUCGGCGGAUGCGAGUAUGACGGUUCGUGGGCUGUUUAAUGCACUGGAUAUGCCGAGUACGCUUAAGGCUGUUGGUGUGGAUCGAAGUCAUUUUGAUGCUCUGGCUGUGAAUAGUUUGGAUGAUGUUUGUACUACUGCUAAUCCUGUGCCUUUGAAGAAGGAGGAUAUUUUGAAGAUACUGGAGAGCGUUGCUGAGUGA